CCAAUAUCAGAGGGCCGUACCGGGACCUGGAUGGGACCAGUGGGAGAACGACAGGAAAAACAAGCACCGACAGAACUACCCGAUUUUCCCAUAUUCCUUAAGUGCAGGUUUUCCCUGGGUUGACCUAUUCAUUUUUAUUGUAGUUUGGGAGUUGGACAGUCCGAUUUAGCUGUGGGGAGUCGAAAAAAUCCGAUUAUAUUUCUUUUCUUUGUGUCCGGGCAGAUCGAAAAAGGGAGCAAAUGGAGCGAAUCUUAAUAAGAAAGUAAACUUUUCUCCUGUGUAGAGUGGACUGGGAACACCCUUCCUUUGACUUUCCCUGUACGAAAUGUGGCCUUAUUAGCGCUUAACUGGAAGCGCUUUUCCGCCACCGCCCGAGCGUUUCAGCUCUAGCGCUUUCCUGCCCUCUCGGAGGUGGCCGCCUGUGGGCGCUGGAAACGCUGCCUUACUUUCUGCUGUACAAAGAACCGCCCCACUAGUUUCCACGGUGUGCAACUCAGAAAAGUGACCCCGAACGAAAAGCAACCGGCCUUCGGCGGAGAGGCCGUGCCUUGCUCCUUACCGACAAACUGGCCCCGACCUGCAGGCCCCGGCCUGUCCUAAGCGAAUCGCCGCUGUCGGCGCGCCGCAACCUCACAGCCUCACGCCAGGCCGGGCCCUGCGGCCGCUUGGAAAAGGCGGCGAGCGGAACCCGCACGCGGAAGCGCCGGGCGCACUGAGCAUGCCCAGUUGCAGAGCCGACCAGAGGAGUUUUUUUCUUUUCUUUCUUUUUUCUUUUUCUUUUCUUUCUUUUUUUUUUUUUGGUCUCAAGCAGCAGGCCUUCUCCCCACCCCCACCCGAGCCCCCCCACCACCCCCGGCCUAAGCAGCUACCAUGGCCGAGGUCCCCGGCUCGGUGUUGUCCCAGGCGGGUUGGUAUCUUUCAGAUGAAGGCAUUGAAGCAUGCACAAGUUCUCCUGACAAAAUCAAUAUAAAUGACAUCAUCCUGAUUGCUCUCAAUACAGACUUGAGAACAAUUGGCAAGAAAUUCCUCCCCAGUGACAUCAAUGGUGGAAAGGUGGAAAAGCUGGAAGGUCCAUGUGUUUUGCAAAUUCAAAAAAUUCGCAAUGUUGCUGCACCAAAGGAUAAUGAAGAAUCUCAGGCUGCCCCAAGAAUGCUGCGUUUGCAGAUGACUGAUGGUCAUAUAAGUUGUACAGCAGUAGAAUUUAGUUACAUGUCAAAAAUAAGCCUGAACACACCACCUGGAACUAAAGUUAAGCUUUCAGGCAUUGUGGACAUAAAAAAUGGAUUCCUGCUCUUGAAUGAUUCUAACACCACAGUUCUUGGCGGUGAAGUAGAACACCUUAUUGAGAAAUGGGAGUUACAGAGAAGCUUGUCAAAACACAAUAGAAGCAAUAUUGGAACCGAAGGUGGACCACCUCCUUUUGUGCCUUUUGGACAGAAGUGUGUAUCUCAUGUCCAAGUGGAUAGCAGAGAACUUGAUCGAAGAAAGACAUUACAAGUUACAUUGCCUGUCAAACCUCCAAAUGAUAAUGAUGAAUUUGAAAAGCAAAGGACUGCUGCUAUUGCAGAAGUUGCAAAGAGCAAAGAAACCAAGACAUUUGGAGGAGGUGGUGGUGGUGCUAGAAGUAAUCUCAACAUGAGUGCUGCUGGCAGCCGAAAUAGGGAGAUUUUACAGAAAGAAAAGUCAAACAAAUCAGAGGGAAAACAUGAAGGUGUCUAUAGAGAACUGGUUGAUGAGAAGGCUCUGAGGCACAUAACAGAAAUGGGCUUUAGUAAAGAAGCAUCAAGACAAGCUCUCAUGGAUAAUGGCAACAACUUAGAAGCAGCACUGAAUGUACUUCUUAACAGCAAUAAACAGAAACCUGUUACGGGUCCACCUCUGAGAGGUAAAGGAAAAGGCAGGGGGCGAAUAAGAUCUGAAGAUGAAGAGGAACUGGGAAAUGCAAGGCCAUCAGCACCAAGCACAUUAUUUGACUUCUUGGAAUCUAAAAUGGGGACUUUGAGUGUGGAAGAACCUAAAUCACAGCCACAGCAGCUUCAUCAAGGACAACACAGAUUGUCAAAUACUGAGCAAAAUGGAGUAAAAGAUAAUAAUCAACCAAGAUAUCUUCCUCGAAAUGAUACCAGACAGCCAAGGAAUGAAAAACCUCCUCGUUUUCAAAGAGACAUCCAAAAUUCAAAGUCAGUUUUAGAAGGCAGUGGAUUACCUAGAAACAGAGGUUCUGAAAGACCAAGUACUUCUUCAGGAUCUGAAGUAUGGGCUGAAGAGAGAAUCAAGUGUGAUAGACCAUAUUCUAGAUAUGAUAGAACUAAAGAUACUUCAUACCCUUUAAGUUCCCAGCACAAUGAUGCUGCAUUUAAAAAAAGGGAUAACUCUAUGCAAAGCAAAUCAGGAAAAGUUCCAUCCUAUGCAGAGGCAAAAGAAAAUCCACUUCCUCAAGAAUCCAUAGAUUAUAAUAAUCAAAAACGUGGGAAAAGAGAAAGCCAAACAGCAAAUCCUGAUCAUUUUUAUGAUAGGAAACCACGAACAAUAAAUAAUGAAGCUUUUAGUGGUGUAAAAAUUGAAAAACAUUUUAAUGUAAAUGCUGAUUACCAGAAUCCUGUCCGAACAAAUAGUUUCAUUGGUGUUCCAAAUGGAGAGACAGAAAUGCCACUGAAGGGAAGGCGAGUAGGACCUAUUAAGCCAGCAGGACCCAUCACAGCUACACCCUAUGAUGAUAAAAUAUUUUACAAUAGUGGGCCCAAAAGAAGAUCUGGGCCAAUUAAACCAGAAAAAGUACUUGAAUCAUCUAUUCCUAUGGAGUAUGCAAAACUGUGGAAACCUGGAGAUGAAUGUUUAGCACUUUAUUGGGAAGACAACAAGUUUUACCGAGCAGAAGUUGAAGCUCUUCAUUCUUCAGGUAUGACAGCAGUUGUUAAAUUCAUUGAUUAUGGAAACUAUGAAGAGGUGCUACUAAGCAACAUCAGGCCCAUUCAGACAGAGGCAUGGGAAGAAGAAGCCACCUAUGACCAAACUCUUGAAUUCCGUAGAGGAGGUGAUGGCCAGCCAAGACGAUCCACUCGGCCAACCCAGCAGUUCUACCAACCUCCCCGGGCUCGGACCUAAUGUGAGAAGAGUCUUUGUGAAGAAAGGAGCUGUUGACUGAAACAUCCUGGUCAAAACCUGUUGAUAGACCUCCUACUUGCCCUUCAGAAUAAGAUGGAGCCGUGGUGGAUAUUAUUAUUUGGAGAACUAAAAGACAGAUUUUAGGGGCAAAAUUCAACCCACAUAAAGAAUGGGGGAAAAAAUACAAUAAAUUAAGCAAAUACCUUUUACAAGUGAAAGAAUUUUUUCUUCUGCCAUCAAUAAAGCCAGUGCACUAUUAAA